CGUGAACUUGAUGGAGUUUCAUCGCAGAUAAACAUGACUCACUUUUGAUUUCCGUGAUUUUCUCAGUGGGGUUUUUCCUGCUAGUACUUCCCAGGUCGAGUGGGUCUACAUGGCCAGUGAGCAUUCAGGGCCCGCAUGCUUCCAGCUAAAGAUGGUGACGUUCGGCACCAGCCCUCCCAAAACUCCAUGAUGGCGAACCCGAGGAAGAUGGACCCGAUCAUCCCGUACUUUGCCGACGUGCCGUGCGACAAAAAUGGCCAGCGCAUGUGGUGGGCCUUCCUCGCAUCGUCCAUGGUCACGUUCUUCGGCGGGCUCUUCAUCAUCCUGCUGUGGAGGACGGUCCGGUACCUGUGGACCGUGUGCUGUCACUGCAGCACCAAAAAAAAGGAUGUUCAGCGGGUCAGCAGUGUGGAGAAGAAGGACAUUACGGUGGUCAGCGAGGUGGGCUGGAUGACCUCGGUGAAGGACUGGGCCGGGGUCAUGAUCUCCGCACAGACACUCACCGGACGCGUGCUGGUGGUGCUGGUGUUCAUCCUCAGUAUCGGAGCGCUCGUCAUUUACUUCAUCGACUCCUCCAGUCCGAUCGAGUCGUGUCCUCACUUUGAUAAAGAAUUUACACUGCAGAUAGACAUGGCCUUCAACAUCUUCUUCCUGCUCUACUUCGGCUUGCGCUUCAUUGCGGCGAAUGAUAAGCUGUGGUUCUGGUUGGAGGUGAACUCAGUGGUGGAUUUCUUCACCGUGCCGCCGGUGUUUGUGUCUGUGUAUCUGAACAGGAGCUGGCUGGGUUUGAGGUUUUUAAGAGCCUUACGCUUGAUACAGUUCUCUGAAAUAUUACAGUUUUUAAAUAUCCUAAAAACCAGCAAUUCUAUAAAGUUGGUGAACUUGUGCUCGAUCUUUAUUAGCACGUGGCUAACCGCUGCAGGCUUCAUACACUUGGUGGAAAACUCAGGCGAUCCGUGGGAAAACUUCCAGAAUUUCCAGCAGAUGUCGUAUUGGGAGUGUGUGUAUCUGCUGAUGGUGACGAUGUCCACUGUGGGUUACGGAGACGUGUACGCUAAAACUACACUCGGACGCCUGUUCAUGGUGUUCUUCAUCCUCGGUGGACUGGCCAUGUUUGCUCGCUACGUGCCAGAAAUCGCUGCCCUCAUCCUUAAUCGACAGAAAUACGGUGGGACGUAUAACUCGACCCGAGGCCGAAAGCAUAUUGUGGUGUGCGGUCACAUCACUCUGGAAAGUGUUUCCAACUUCCUCAAAGACUUCCUUCACAAGGACAGGGACGAUGUCAAUGUAGAAAUAGUUUUUCUCCAUAAUAUUUCCCCUAAUCUUGAGUUGGAAGCCUUAUUCAAGCGCCACUUCACUCAGGUAGAGUUCUACCAGGGUUCUGUCCUAAAUCCACACGACCUGGCCCGAGUCAAGAUUGAAUCAGCAGACGCGUGUUUAAUUUUAGCCAAUAAAUACUGCGCAGACCCCGACGCUGAGGACGCGUCCAACAUCAUGAGAGUGAUAUCUAUUAAAAACUACCACCCAAAGAUCCGCAUCAUCACACAGAUGCUUCAGUAUCACAAUAAGGCUCACUUGUUGAACAUCCCGAGCUGGAACUGGAAGGAAGGAGAUGAUGCGAUUUGUCUGGCAGAACUGAAGCUGGGCUUCAUCGCUCAGAGCUGCUUAGCGCAGGGGCUCUCCACCAUGCUGGCUAAUCUAUUCUCCAUGAGGUCAUACAUUAAGAUCGAAGAGGACACGUGGCAGAAGUAUUACCUGGAAGGAGUAGCUAAUGAAAUGUACACUGAGUACCUGUCCAGUGCCUUUGUGGGUUUAUCCUUCCCCAUGGUGUGUGAGUUGUGUUAUGUGAAGCUGAAGCUCCUCCUGAUAGCCAUCGAGUAUAAAUCUGAUCAGAGAGAGAGCAGUACACUUAUUAACCCAGGCAAUCAUGUGAAGAUGCAGGAAGGAACACUGGGUUUCUUUAUCGCCAGCGAUGCCAAAGAAGUAAAGAGAGCUCUGUACUACUGCAAAGCUUGUCAUGAUGACAUCUCAGACCCCAAACGGAUAAAGAAGUGCGGAUGCAAACGACACAAGACGGCGGGCAGCCGCCGAACGAGGCUGGCGUGUUGUUUUGGUUGCGGCGAGGCUGAGCACGGCUGUUCGUGCACGUCUCGCAGCACACGUAGUAACAUGGAGACUCCGCCUUGUGCCUUGCCUCUUUCUCCCACCUCUGUUAGUGAUAAGUCUGCCACUUUACGCACCUCUAAAAGUAACUAUAACGGAUAUAUCAAAGCAACGAUGGACGUCCCGGCAGUGCAGCAGUCCGCUCUGUCACCUAAGAAAAAACAACGCAAUGGAGGAAUGAGAACUUCACCCAACUGCUCUCCAAAAACUAUACGACUCUUGUCCAUGUCCAGACACGAGCCUGUGCUGAUCCCCAGCCAUGAUCAGAUGGAGACGAUGGACGAUAGCGUGAAGAGGUACGACUCCACCGGAAUGUUCCACUGGUGUCCAUCCAGAGACAUUGAGAAGGUCACAUUGACCCGUAGCGAGGCAGCCAUGACGGUUCUAAGCGGUCAUGUGGUAGUGUGUAUUUUCGGCGAUGUGAAGUCGGCCGUGGUGGGUCUGAGGAACCUGGUGAUGCCUCUAAGAGCGAGUAACUUCCACUACCAUGAGCUGAAACACAUUGUGUUUGUGGGAUCACUGGAGUACUUGAAGAGGGAGUGGGAGACGCUACACAACUUCCCCAAAGUCUCCAUUUUACCUGGCACUCCUCUGAGCAGGGCGGAUCUGAGAGCAGUCAACAUUAACCUGUGUGACAUGUGUGUGAUCCUUUCGGCCAAUCAGACCAACAUCGAUGAUGCAUCUCUGCAGGAUAAAGAGUGUAUUCUCGCCUCGCUCAAUAUCAAGUCCAUGCAGUUUGAUGACAGUAUAGGCCUUCUACAGGCCAACUCACAGGGCUUCACUCCUCCUGGGAUGGAUCGGUCGUCUCCUGAAAACAGUCCUGUUCAUGGUCUGGAGCGACAAACUUCCAUCAGCACGGGAGCGAACAUCCCCAUCAUCACUGAACUUGCUAAGUCAGACAGGCUGCUGAACGCAGUGUGUGUGAGACAGGACAAGAGCUGCGGAACCAACAUUCCAAUGAUCACUGAACUGGUAAAUGAUGCCAAUGUUCAGUUCCUGGAUCAGGAUGAUGAUGAUGAUCCGGACACUGAGCUCUACCUCACACAGCCCUUCGCCUGUGGAACCGCCUUCGCCGUCAGUGUGCUCGACUCACUGAUGAGUGCCACGUACUUUAAUGACAAUAUCCUAACGUUAAUAAGGACGUUAGUGACGGGCGGGGCCACUCCCGAGCUCGAGGGUUUACUAGCGGAGGAGAACGCACUGCGCGGUGGCUACAGCGACACACACACACUCGCCAACAGGGACCGGUGUCGAGUGGCACAGCUCGCCCUGUACGACGGGCCAUUCGCCCAGCUCGGGGAAGGUGGGUGUUAUGGCGAUUUAUUCUGUAAAGCGUUAAAGACCUACAACAUGCUGUGUUUCGGGAUUUACCGUUUAAGAGACGCGCACCUGAGCGCUCCGAGUCAGUGCACCAAACGCUACGUGAUCACCAAUCCUCCGUACGAGUUCGAGCUGGUCCCCACAGACCUGAUCUUCUGUUUAAUGCAGUUCGAUCACAACGCGGCUCAGUGCCGCUCCACGCUCUCACACUCCUCACACUCGUCCAGUAAAAAAAGUUCCUCCGUGCACUCCAUCAGCACCAAACACACCAAGAGCCGAGAGCCACGAGACAAACCCAAUGCACCGUGGAUGAGUUGAAGGGUCACAGAUGAAGCAGAGAAUCGUCCCUGCUGGGAAAUGCCAAUCAAACUCACAUAAACGUACUCAUUCAUAUAAACGCCGUGUUCAUUCAGGACCAGUCCAGCACUGCUCUCAUUCCUCCAAUCAAAGGCAAGAGGCAGUGAAGUGAGGACCAAUCACGUCGCAGGAUCCCUUUGGAGUUACAGAUUGUGCUGCUUUGAGUGAGAGAUCACUCAGUCCUAAUAUAACUCGCAAUAAUCAAUCAUCAUUUCCAUUUAGCUUCACGAGUUAGUAAUUAGUCACGCUCUGAUUCUCAGGUUUUAUUUUUAAUACUAAACCGACACAUUUCAUUAUCAUAACGCAUACGCAGAUCAAUUCUCAGGCUUUCAUUAACCACGUGUCACUAUUGUACGAUUGCAACCUGACAAAGAGCUGUGUAAUUGUAAAAAGGGGCGUGGCUGAUGAAACUUCUUGUUUUCUUGACCAUUGUGAAGCGUGUAAUCUGACAAAGAGCGGUGUGAUUGUAAAAAUGGGUGUAGCUGAUUAAAUUGCAGGGUUUUCUCGGUGAUCUGAAGAGUAGUGUAAUUGGAGAAAGGGGUGUGGUCAAUAAAUUCUUGGGAUUUUCUUGACAAUCAUAAAGAGCGUAACUUGGUGAAGAGCAUUGUGUUUGUAAAAAAUGGGCGUGGCCAAUAAUUUCUCAUGUUUUUCUUGACCACCUGUGCAGAAAGUAACCUGAUUAAGUGUGGUGUACUUGUAUAAAGGGGCGUGGCCGAUCAAUGAGCCUUUGUCGACUGUAGCUUCAGAUUCCUGUUCUUGGAGUGAAACGCAUGCGGUCCUCUGCCUCAGGAUUUGACAUGUGGUCCAAUCUGAGAUGUUUUUCUGCUCACCGCGGUUGUAAAGAGUGAUUAUGAGUUAACGUAGCCUUGAUUCUUGGGUUUUUUUAACCAUUGGUGCAGAUGCUAACCUGAUGAGUGAUGUAAUAGUAAAACGGGGCGUGGUCAAGCGAAAUCCUGUAUGUGGAAGUUGUGUGACAUAAUGCAUAUAUCCAAGAAAUGGAACAGAAUUUUUAUGGCUGUGUUUGAAGGGAAAAUAUCAGAUCUCAAUAUCAGCCAUUCAUUUUAAAACGUCUCACUUCCUGUUACACGGCUCCGCCCACAUCAAUCUCUGGAUAAAAAAUAAGUGGGUGUAAAACAAACCAAACCAAACCGGCACGUGUAUCAUAUUAAAACAGUUUUAAAAAGUUUUAAAACCAUCAAAUCCAACAUUUCACUCCAACGUCCAACACUGGCACUCGGUGCGUGGCUAAUUAUUAACGUUAAACUUUAUUCAGUGCUACAUGUUAAAGAUGAAUGUGUGUAUAAAGUGUAAAUAAGAGCGUGCUCAUUAGCAUCGAGCGCUUCAGGCUUCGCUAGCGUAUUUAUUUUAGACGUAAAAUGCACAUACAGAAUUUCAUUAUUUUCAGAAUCUUAGCAUGUGAAUUAUUUUCCCGAAACUCACUGAUCUGCAAAUGUGGAGAACACAUGAGGCCUUAAAUCCGAUAAAUACAAACAGGGAUAAAAAAGAUUCUUAUGAAGCAAACUUGCUAAAAAUCGAUGUUGCCUUAGCUCUGUGAUUUAAACUUUAUAUAUUUAUCCUUUAACUUUAUUCAUUUUUUUUUAAUUAACCACCAAAAAACAUAGGCUGCUAGCUAGUUGGCUAACAUUUAGCUAGAUGGAAAUGUGUUAUUCUGGCUAGCUAACACCACAAUACUAGCGCCGGUGAGCUUGUGUUUGUGUUUGAAGUUUUAAAACCAUUAAUUAUUUUAUUUAACGAGUUAUUUUCUGUUUCUUGUGUUUAUCCAGACACUUAUGUAUUAGCUGCACUAGUUUAGCUAACUGGAUGUUAGCAAUGUGCUAAUUUCUUAUUCGGUAAAGGACAGGAGUAAUUCAAGUUUACAUUUAACUAGAAAAACUGAUCUACUGGCUACGAGCUAGCUAGCUAAUGUUAGCUAGAUGGAAGAAUGGCUACACUUGGUAGCUAACAGCAAAAUAACUUUAUCAUUGCUUUAUUUUCUUAAAACAUAUACAGAUUUAAUUCUGAAUAAUGAAACAUUUCCUCCUGAUGAUGAUGAUGAUAUU